GUGAAUUAGUGAACAUCCAUUGUCCUUUACAUUCUAAGAAACGGAUUAAGAUGUACGAGGGUAUAGUCGGGGGUAGUCAGCGAAUAAAAAGGGCCCACACAGUCAGAGAAACCAAUUCACUGAAUUCAGUUGUCUGAAAGCAUCCAGGAUACUUGUUCAGCCUCCAGAUUUCAUUUUGUUUCUGAUUUGCCAUAUUCUUCAAAUCCAACAGUUCACCUUCACAAUGUUUCUCAGCAGAUUUAUCGUCGCUAUGUUCUUGUUGAGCGCUGCUUACAAUGUUUUGGGUGCCAGUAUUGCUACUGCGGAUGACGAUGAACUGGCAGAGAAAUUUGAAAAAGUUGCUGACCUGGACGAACCCUCCAAAUCUUUAAAUGAAACCACGACGUCAGCCAUCAAAGUUCGAGAUGUGACCACUGAACCAACGAAAUUGAAAGCCAAUGUUACCGUAUCAGCUACCAACUCCACUGGCAAUGCCACUUCAUCAGUCAAGUCCAUCAAACAGGACAGUGAGAAAGUAACGCCGAAGGUGGUUCCGGUUUGCAAAAUGACUACUUGCUCCUUUAAUAACGGCGCCACAACUUGCAAGACAACCACCAACUGCACUUCCGCCAAUUUGAAAACGGAAACUACUACUGAGAAAGUUACUACGCCAAAAGUACCAGCCCUGGACGACGACGAAGAAAGCACGAAGCAAGACUAAGGUGCUUCGAACGUUCUUCAGCCGG